AUGAAAUUGACUGUUGCUGUUGCUGCUGCUGUUCUCGCCAUUGUGCAGGCCGAUGUUGCCUCCGAAGUCGCUGGUGCUAUCGGGAAUGCGCAGUCAUGGGCCGCUUCUGUUGCUCAUGACGCUCAAUCUGUCGGUGCUGCUGUUGGCGGCGACGCCCAAUCCGUUUACAGCGACGCCGCUGCUUGGGGCACUAGCGUCGGCCAUGAUAUUGCUAGCGGCGCUCAGUCCGCAUGGCAAGCUGCAGAGUCCGAGGGCGUUGCAUUCGCUUCGGGGGCCGAAAGUCUCGGAGAGGGUGUCGCCUCCAAAGCCACUUCCUUCGGUGGCGCCGUUGAGUCUGGCUAUGAUGCGGUUGCUAAUUCGAUCAAUGCACGUGUUUCCUCGGAAUUGGCGAGUGCUGGAGCUCAGGAGAGCUCCUUGACUGGCUCCCUGGGGGCUAUGGCCUCUGCUACACCAUCUGGGUCUGUAAGUGCUACAGCUGGUGCUGGUGCCGGUGGCGUUGGUGGUAACAUCACGAGCAGUGCUGCGGCGUCCGGCAAUGCAACAACCUCCGCUGUCUCCUCCGCUGUCUCCUCCGCUGCCACCUCUGGUCGAAACGAAACCUCCUCCGGUACUGUUUCUUCAUCUCACAAGAGUGGCCCUAGCAUCGAAUAUAGCGGUCAUGCUGGUAGCGGUCUUAGCAGUGGUGCUAACAGUGCCUCUAACAGUGCUAGCGAGACCUCGACCAAGAAAUCGUCAGCCUCGAAUGCCGCCAUGGGAGCAGCCACCGUGGGUUUGGGCGCUGGUAUUGCCGGUGCUUUCGCCUUUCUGCUUUAA